AUGGAUGACUCUGUUAAUGAUUGUCUUUCUAGUAUGCAAGAACGGCUUUUUGGCUUUUAUAAGGAGGGCAAGUUGACCGAUAUUACAUGGGCUGUUGGCGCAGAGGGUUGUGAAACGGAAUACAUUAGUGCACAUUCAUCAGUUUGUGCUUUAUCUGGACGUCUUAAGGAGCUGAUGUUGGCUCACUCAAAUGAUCAGCUCAAGAGUUGCAUUAGAGUUCCUCCGUCUCUCACAUUAAUCCCCUCUGACUUUCGAUGUGUGCUACACUUAGCUUAUACAGGAACCUUUGCCGAAGGCCAUUCAUUUGAACAGUGUUUGCGAUUAUGUGAAUUGUUUGAAAUGCCACUUGGGAUCGAUGCUUGUUUGAGUGGAUUGAAAAACCUCCUAACUGAGUUGCUGAUUCGGCCUAGCAUUGAUAGUGAAACUCAAAACGGCUUGAGAGACUUCUUUAUUAACUCUAUCAAUGAUUCAAAGAUGAAAUCUGUGCACCCAAUUAUUCUGAAUUUCUUUAGAAUGCAUCCCCUUAUUUUUGAUAGUAAGUUAAUUCCCUCCAUUGCUAAUAGCUCUCUUUUCAUAGCCGAACCAUGUCUUUCGAAAGUGCCCGUUGAAUGGGUCAUAGAACUCCUUAAGAAGGGUAAGCUUUGGAUGCAACAUCCAGAUGGAUUUGUUUACUUUGGUGGAAAGUACAUGAGCGAGGCUGCCCAGUUCGUUGAGCGUCUCUGCACGGCCCAUAACAUGGAACCCCUGGAAGUGCAGAUCGCCAGGACUCGUUCAAUGCUUGCUCCUCUGCGCGUUUCAACUUUCGUAUCGCCCCCCUUCGGCUAUCAUAGUACAUACGCCUACGGCUACAACUACUCUGAACUUGAAGGGAGACAUAGGACUCAUGAUAAUUAUCCACCAAACGAAUGGAAGAUCGCAGCACUCACUGGCUACAUAACGAGAAACUGGGACGGCCGACAAGUACUAGCUGGACUUGAUAUCACCUACCGGAACUUCGAGACGGGAAAUGAGGAGGUCGUGGAAUGGGAACACCAGAACGAAGAGCACUACACGGUGCAGACAGUGUUUGUCCCCGAAGACGACGUUAUAAUCGGUUUUGAGAUAAACUGCGGGUGGCUGAUUGAUCGCGUAACCUUUACGACCCGUAAAGGCGUGCGCCUCAACCAAUUGGGCACCUCUGACGGUGGAAAUAGAACGGUCUUCGACGGCUCCAGCCUUGCGCGAGUAAAUGCGGGUGAAUGGAGUGACGACGAACAGACCGAGAGGAGCGACCGCGACGAUGUGAUUGUAUCACUACACGGGAUUUCAUACAAGGAGAUAUUGUCUCGUAGGCAGCUUCUGUGGAACAAAGUCGUAUUCCACUUUGCCAGCAUAGAUAGAUCGCUCGUAGAAACUUUAAACCCGGAACACGGACCAAUCAUGCACCAGAUACUGAAGGACAAACAAUUCCUUCUCUAG